AUGACUACUGAAGCCUCCGCCAGACCUCGUGUCUUUUUUGACAUUUCCAUUGGCGGCAAAGCUGCCGGCCGCAUUACAAUGGAACUUUAUUCCGACUUGGUUCCCAAGACGGUUGAGAACUUCAGGUGUCUCUGCACAGGUGAGAAGGGCAACGGCAAGUCUGGGAAGCCCCUGCACUACAAGGGCUCCGCCUUUCACCGAGUGAUUAAGCAGUUCAUGAUUCAGGGUGGUGACUUUACUGCUGGCGACGGCACUGGGGGCGAGUCUAUCUACGGCAGCAAAUUUGAAGACGAAGCCUUCCCUCUGAAGCAUGAGAAACCCUUCCUCCUCUCCAUGGCCAAUGCUGGUCCCAAUACCAAUGGUUCCCAGUUCUUCAUUACCACCGUCCCUACUCCCCACCUUGACGGCAAGCAUGUUGUGUUUGGUGAAGUUUUGAACGGGAAAUCUCUUGUUCGCCAGAUCGAGAACCUCAAGACGGAGUCCGGUGACAAGCCCGUCAAGGAGGCCCUCAUUGCCGACUGCGGUGAACUUACCGGCGAGGAGGCUCAGAAAGCCGAUGUCAAGCAGCCUGAUGCCAUGGGCGAUCCCCACGAGGAUUACCCCGAGGACUGCAAUACCGAACUCGACGCCAAGACCAUUCUCAAGAUCGCCACUGACUGCAAGGACUUUGGAAACAAGGCCUUCAAGGCCGGCAGCCUCAACGUAGCCAUAGAAAAGUACGAAAAGGGCCUCCGGUACCUCAACGAGGACCCGGACCUGGACAACGAACCCGCCUCCACCAAGCAAAGCCUUGACGCUCUCCGAUUCUCGCUGAACAACAACUCGGCUCUGCUCAGCGUCAAGCUCGAAUCCUGGGACGACGCUAUCCGCCACGCCACCUCUGCCCUCAACGUGCCCGGUGCCUCUGACGCUGACCGUGCCAAGGCUUUGUAUCGUCGUGGUGUGGCUCACGUACGCGCCAAGGACGAGGAGGCUGCUCUCAAGGAUCUCGAAGAGGCAAGCAACUUGGCCCCCAAUGAUGCCAUGGUCGCCAAGGAACUUGCCUCUGUCAAGACCAAGGCUACCGCGAGAGCGGCGAAGGAGAAGGCUGCAUUUAAGAAAUUCUUCUCGUGA